CCUAUUGUAUGUGAUAAUGAGGUAGCUCCACAAUUCAAAUGCCUAAAUAUCCUACUAUAAUCAGCAAAUCUGAUUCAUAUUUCUAAAGAAAAAUGGGUGACAACCAUAAGUUCCUGCCGGGGACAAUUGGUGCUUUGAGUUUAUCGGUUGUUUCCUCAGUUUCCAUUGUUAUAUGCAACAAAGCUCUUAUCACCACUCUUGGUUUCAACUUUGCCACAACUUUGACAAGUUGGCAUCUCCUGGUCACGUUUUCUACUCUUCAUGUGGCUUUAUGGAUGAACAUGUUUGAGCAUAAGCCUUUUGAUGCUAGAGCUGUCAUGGGAUUUGGUAUUUUGAAUGGGAUGUCCAUUGGCCUUUUGAAUCUUAGUUUGGGUUUCAAUUCUGUUGGUUUCUUCCAGAUGACAAAACUGGCAAUUAUUCCCUGUACUGUUCUUUUGGAGACCCUUUUCUUCAGGAAGAAAUUCAGUAGGAAUGUCCAGCUUUCAUUAGCCAUUCUUCUUGUCGGAGUUGGGAUUGCUACUGUGACUGAUCUUCAGCUCAAUCUCCUGGGUUCUGUCCUUUCUCUCCUGGCUGUUGUUACGACAUGUAUAGCUCAAAUUAUGACUAAUAACAUCCAGAAGAAGUUCAAGGUAUCUUCAACUCAACUCCUGUACCAGUCUUGCCCUUAUCAGGCACUAACUUUGUUCAUCAGUGGCCCAUUCCUGGAUGGCCUUUUGACUAACCAGAAUGUUUUUGCUUUCAAGUAUACCCCUCAAGUGCUGUUCUUCAUUGUUCUGUCAUGCAUGAUAUCUGUCACUGUCAACUUUAGUACAUUUCUAGUAAUUGGGAAGACGUCCCCAAUCACCUACCAAGUCCUAGGACAUUUAAAAACAUGCCUUGUUUUGGCAUUUGGUUAUGUUCUACUUCAUGAUCCAUUUAGCUGGCGCACUAUUUUGGGGAUCUUGAUUGCUGUAGUUGGAAUGAUCCUUUACUCCUAUUAUUGCACUAUCGAGAGCCAGCAGCAGAAGGCUAAUGAAGUAUCAGCUCAGUUGCCUCGGGUUAAAGAAAGUGAUUCUGAUCCUUUGAUUAUUGUAGAUAAAGGAAGUGGGAUCUUGAGCGAUGGUGUUGUUCCGAAAUCUCCUGUAUGGAAUUCGAAAAGGGACCUGGAUGCAUAAAAUCUUCCAAAUUUUAAAAGUUGUAUUCAAUUUUGGUAGAUGAAAAAUUAGCAUGAGAGAAUUUGUGUAGGAUGUUAGUGUUCAAGUAUGGAAGGAAGGAAAUGCGUUAUGAUAGUAGAAGUUUGGGUGUUAGUUGUAUAUCAGGA